GGUUGUUUUUCGGUAUAAAAGAAGAUUCUCUUCGAGUCAGGAUCAUCAGACGAUAAGAGUCCUUCCGAUCGGAUACGCGUUCGUUGUUUUUGCCUUUCCUUCGCGAAAAAUGAAGUGCUUGCUGGUUAUUUCGUUACUGGCCGUUGGAGCUCAGGCCUUCUUCACCCCGGAGCAACAUGAGGUGGCCAAGAAGCUGACGACGGCUUGUGUCACGGAAAUCGGUGAAGGACUGCCGGACAACGUUGGGGACCGAUUCCGUGCGGGAGAUCUUACGCUGACUGAUGACAAAAGCAAAUGCUUCAUGAAGUGUGUGUUCGGUAAGGUUGGCUUUAUCGAUGAUGCCGGAACGAUCAACAAAACUGCGCUGGUGGAGAAGCUAAGCAAAGGAAACACCCAGGCCAAGGCGGAAAUGUUUGCUGAAAAGUGCAGCAUGUUCGAGGGUGCCAAUGCAUGCGAGAAGGCGCAUGGGCUGUUCGAGUGCUACUGGAACAAUAAGGCGAUUUUUCAUUAAGGAGUGUGGAUGCACAUGCGUUGGACUAUGAAACGGGUUGUUGAUGAGUGAAACCAUUGGCAGUAUUACGAUUGAUAAAUAAAUUGAUUUAUGAGAGUACACUCUCACAGUU